GAGGUGUCGGGAGAAGAAAAUUCAGAAAUUCUAGGCGGUGAAUUUUGGGUCUAGAACACAAGGGUUGACUUGCCUGAUUGGUCUCUUUUUUCUUUCUUUUCUUAUUUUAAGUUAGGAAGACUGGGUCAUUGUGAGGCGGCAGUAGACUUUUCUUCCUCAGUUAAAAAAUCUGUCUUUGACCCACUAAAUUCACCCUUUCUUGAAUUUAAUCCAACUUUAGGAAGCAUACUUAACCAGGAAAUAAUAUACAUAAAUACACGUUGAUCUUUGGAUUGUAACUCAAUUUAUCCUUUGCUGAAUUAGAUAUAGAUUCUGAAAUGGCCGGGGUGUCGUGUAAGAGAGACUUUGAGGGUGGGGAAGAUGCAGAAAAGGGUGAUUUUGUUGGGGUGAAGCAUAUGACUGAUGUGGGUUUGCAGAGACUUCCCACCAAAUAUGUGCUCCCUGUCACUGAGCGUCCAAUUUUGAAACCGGUAGCUGUCAUUCAAGAAAGACAUUUGCCAGUCAUAGACAUUUCUGGCCUGGGAGGUGAGAGGCACUCAGAGGUUGUCGCUGCAAUUGGUCAGGCUUGUCAAGAGGCUGGAUUCUUCCAGGUGGUUAACCAUGGCGUUCCUGUAUCCAUGAUAAGAGAUAUUAUGAGAGUGGCAUCAGAGUUCUUCGAAUUGCCUCUAGAAGAAAGGAAGACAUAUAUGUCAGAUGACAUGACGAAGCCAGUGAGAUAUGGCACCAGUUUUAAUCGACUCAAGGAUCAAGUCUUCUGCUGGAGAGAUUUUCUCAAGCUCUACUGCCAUCCCACCCAAAAAUGGGUUCAUCUCUGGCCUUCAAAUCCUCCUGAUUACAGGAAGGUGGCAUUAGACUAUAGCGAGGAGAUGAGAUCAAUGGCAGAGAGACUGAUGAGUGCAAUUAUAGAGAGCCUGGGAUUGCCACAAACUUACGUUGAAAAAAUCUGCAAGGAUGGCAGCCAGGUUAUGGUUGUUAACUUUUAUCCGGCAUGCCCAGAACCAGAGCUCACAUUUGGCAUGCCACCACAUACAGAUUACGGUUGCAUGACAAUACUUCAACAGGACUCUGUGGGAGGCUUGCAGGUGCUGAGAAAUGGCGAAUGGGAAGCAGUCCAUCCUGUACCAGAUUCUUUCAUCAUUAAUAUUGGAGAUCAUCUAGAGGUUUUGAGCAAUGGAAAAUACAAGAGCAUAAUGCACAGGGCAGUGGUAAACUCAGAGAGAUCAAGAGUUUCUGUAGCAACUUUAUUGAGCAUGCCUUUCGAAUCAAACAUUGGCCCUGCUCCAGAACUCAUUGAUGAGGAUCACCCACCACAUUACAGGGAAACAAACUUUUCUCACUUCAUUGAUCUCAUCAGCACCAAGACAUUCAAAGCAAGAGCAUUGUUGGACUCACUCAAGCUCGCUUGAUUUUUGACAUUAAUCUUUACAAUGAAUGAGCAGCACCACCUUAUAUCUAGUCUUUAAUGGAGGAAUAAGCCAUCCAUAUAGAUAUAUAGAAUCAUCACGAGUUGGAAAGUUUUUGCUUGCAAUAAGUAUUCUACUUGUUCUAAUUAAUAAGAUAUGCCUUUGUCUGAUCUCUUGGAGCUUCUUGUCUCUCAUGUCUCUGUACUGCAUUCAUUCUUAACUAUA